GAGAAGAAGAAACAGUACCAGUGCCAUUACAACGAUGAGCACGCCAAGGUUCAUCAAAUGCGUGACGGUCGGCGACGGGGCAGUCGGGAAGACCUGCAUGCUCAUCUCCUACACCAGCAAUACUUUUCCGACGGAUUAUGUCCCGACUGUGUUCGAUAACUUCAGUGCUAAUGUAAUAGUUGAUGGAAGCACAGUGAACCUUGGGCUUUGGGACACAGCAGGACAAGAGGACUACAAUAGGCUCAGACCUCUCAGUUACAGAGGAGCUGAUGUAUUUCUUUUAGCAUUUUCUCUCACCAGUAAGGCCAGCUAUGAGAACAUAUACAAGAAGUGGAUUCCUGAGUUGAGACAUUAUGCUCCAAAUGUGCCGAUUGUGCUAGUUGGGACUAAACUUGACUUACGUGAAGACAAGCAAUUUUUCAUUGAUCACCCUGGGGCAAGACCUAUCACAACUGCACAGGGAGAAGAGCUAAAGAAAAUGAUAGGUGCGGCUGUCUACACAGAAUGUAGUUCCAAGACUCAACAGAAUGUGAAGGCUGUAUUUGAUGCUGCAAUUAAGGUGGUUCUUUGUCCACCAAAGCCAAAGAAAAAGACCAGAAAGCAGAGGACCUGUUUCAUUCUAUAAACACAAAGGAUGAUGUUUAUCAUUACAAGAAUAGCGUAACAUUUUCAUUUUCUCCUUCUGUUUCUUGACUUUUCCUGAUGGAUGAACUGUGAUGAGUGCUUUAAUAGUUUGUCUACGAAAAUGUAUCUGUCACACUAAUUCUUUUACUCUAUUAUGUGGAUCUCCUUAUCAAAGAUUUGAAAGUAAAUUCCGAUCAGAAAAUAUGUUUUGCGAAACAAUAUU